UUGCAGGGCUGCCGCUGUCUUUCACGAGUGAGGCAUAACCAGACAAAAUGAGUUCCAUGGAAGUCAAGCCGGCCGAGCCCGUUGCCUUUGUCCCGGAGUCGGUCCUUAAGAAGAGGAACCGAGAUGAAGCCUGGGCGAAAACUCGGGCUGACGAGCUGCGCGAGAAAAGGACCAAGUACAAGAAGAACAGAGUAGUCAUCUUCAAGCGGGCGGAGCAGUACAUCAAGGAGUAUCGUGCCCAGGAAGUCGAUCUUGUCUGUCUGAAGCGGUUGGCGAAGCUCAAGGGUGGGUUCUAUGUUGAGGCGGAGCCAAAGGUCAUGUUCAUCAUCAGAAUCAGAGGUAUUAAUGAUUUGCACCCCAAGACGAAGAAGAUUUUGCAGCUUCUAAGGUUGAGGCAGAUCUUCAACGGUGUGUUCUUGAAAGUGAACAAGGCCACCAUCAACAUGAUCCGUAGAGUUGAGCCGUACAUCACCUAUGGGUACCCCAGCCUCAAGAGUGUCAAGGAGCUUAUCUACAAGCGUGGGUACGGGAAGGUCAACAAGAUGAGGAUCCCUUUGACGGACAACGCCAUCAUCGAGAAGGAGCUCGACAAAUUCGGCAUUAUCUGUAUGGAGGACCUGAUUCACGAGAUCUACACUGCUGGUCCCCACUUCAAGGAGGCGAACAAUUUCCUUUGGCCGUUCAAGCUCAACUAUCCUCUCGGAGGAUUGAAGAAGAAGAGAUUGCAUUAUAUUGAGGGUGGUGAUGCGGGUGACAAGGAGACGAAGACCAAUGCGCUCAUCCAGAGAAUGAAUUAGGUUUUCUGUUCCUUGGAUCUUUAGGUUUUAAGUGGUGUCGAUAUGGAGAUCACGGUCAGCUGAAAGAUGUGACGUCAUAGGAUGGUAAUGAGGUAUGCGUCCGCGUGUUGAUGUCGGUCUGCUACGCCGAUCAGAUGGGAACAUGCAUAGAGGCGAGAAGAGAGCUUAGCACAGAUUUGUCCGCAAGAAAAAUUGCUGCAAACGCGAUUAUGUCUGAGCAGAGUGUGUCCGAAAACCCCUGGUUUAAGAGCUGUGGUGUAGGGGACGA